CCUGGCUGUAGAGUGUAAGUAGGCCGCAGGCAGUGGCGCCAUGACAACCACUGGUUGUAUUACAGCCAGGCAUAACACCCAUGGACAGGUCCGUUGAGCUCAUGUUGUCAGUCGAUCAGGGGGUUUACAAAACUCUUUCUAAGCUCCAGAUAUAAUAAGUUAGAAAUGAUGCAGAAUAGUAACAAAAACUCAGGUGAGACACGCUAUGGGCAGAGGAUUCUUUUCACAGGUCCAGAUGGAAUUGGAGACUACAGGCCGAGAUUGAAUUAUUUCCCCCUCUACAUUGGUGUGGGUGCCACUUCUCCAGAGGCAACCAGUGAUCUAAGUUAUUUAUGCCGAGCUGCUCCUGACACCCCCCCACCGGCGCCCAGGCAGAGUUUUGUGGGCGAGGUGGGCUGGGGAUGGCAGUAUAACCAGCUGUUGAAUGGAGACAGGCUGCUCAGUAACAUGCAAAUUAAGAAAACUGACAUUAGGCGAACACUGGAGGACAAAGUCACUCAGAAGUUUCAGAUGAACCAAAGGAACAUCGAUGACUUAGAAAAAGUCAACACCAAGUUUUCCAAAAACAAUUAGAGCAAACAGCAGAUGGUAUUCCACCGCCCACAGAGAGCCAAGGACCUGCGUUUGAUGAGAUCCAUCAAUUUGAAUAAACAUCUAAUCAGUAUAAAGAGUUGAGUCUGUCCACACCCUCCAACUUGUAUGUGAAAGUGGCUUUAUUAACAAUCAGAUGAUAUUAAAAAAAUUCCACACGUCUGAAAGCUCAUGGCAAGUUUGUGGCUGUGUUCAUGUAAUAUUAUUACCAUAUCUACGAAAUCUGAGCUUUAUACAUUACUGAUCAUAUAAACUAGCCAAGAAAAGGUCUGAAAGUGUCAAAAUUUGAAGAAUAUAAGUAAUUCUUCAAACUGGACUUCACCUACAGAAAUGUCAUUGACUUCCAGUUGGUGUUUUUUUUUCAGAGCUCCUCUGCUCGUGUCACACGUGUCACAGUGACACAUUUCAGAUCAUCUGAGAAGCACCUGUUAAUCCAUCCCCAGGGCCCAACAUCACAUCCUCUUAUGUCUGCUGUAGAUAACAGAACAAGUUCUUUGGCACCUGAAAAACCAUACAUUUCCACAAUAUGAGCCAAGAGGAUGACAUCAGUGCCUUAGUGGUGCUGGACAUAAUCUGCCACCACCUGAGGGCAUCUUGUGACUAAAUGUGUUGAGACAGGACAGCUUGAAAUGUGUCUACUAAUCUUCUUUAAUUGGAGGGUGCAUGGGAGUUGACCCAACCAGUUUACAAGAGUUCGUGGACAUGGAAAAUGUAUUCAAUCAUGUCUUUGGGGAAUUUCUAAGGGACUAAGUCGGGCUCGUCUUUGGUGAGAGCUUGACUCUGCCAAGGUUGCUCU